AUGGAUGCCGAUCUCGAUGGGAUCGAUGUCGAUGAUGACGAUGACGACGAUGCUGGCAUAUUCAGCAUCGCCAAUGACCGCCAAAGUGAGGACGAUGAUACCCUCACUGGUGAAAACAACGUUUUUUUCAGCAGUGCACACGAAGCGCACUGCUGUUAA